AUGCUCGACAAGAGGAGCAACGACGGGGCUACAUCCGUCCACUACACCAUGAAGACUCCUCAUUCGGCUCCGAGGGCCUCGCCUGGCCCGCGAUCAUCCCAUAGCCACUCGCAUUCGCAGUCCAAACUCGCAGUCCCUGCCGCACAUAGCCCAAAGCCCUCUACACCCGCUGCAUCCCCGAGGAUGCCCUACUCCGUUGGCCAGUCACUGCCUCCUCAAAAGCUGUCUCCCGCGAGACAGCAGGAAGCGAGAGCGGCGAGUCCAAAUUACUUCGGCCUCGUCGUCGAACAGUCGGUCGACCCGAGAGAUUCGUCCGCCAUGCCACGAGACAAUUGGAGCUCUCCGACCUCGUCCGUCAAGUCGUUCGGUGCUGCGUUGCCCAAGCAGGUUCCCAUCGAUGCUAACCCCGACUAUGAGGCCUUCAAGCGCCAGGCCGACCUCAAUCGCGGCAAGGGAUUUAGCCUCUCCUCUUCUCACUUCCCGCAAGCGCCCCCAAACCCCACGACGCUUCGUCCGCGUCCGGCACGGUGGAAUACCCACGCAAGCGACACUGGCUCCGAAUUCUCUAUACCCCGAGUGACCAAGGAGCGGCCCAUGAGUCGCAUGGAGGUUGACCAACAGAGCUCGCACGAUUCGGCCUACGUCUCGUCGGACUCGAAGCGCAACUCGGAGGCGUCGAUGCAACCCCCAAACAUCUUGAGCCUGAGUAUGCCGAGGUUUGAGUCGCCGAGACACUCGGAGUCGCCUUUCGAACGUAGGACAACAUUAUCCAAGGUCGAAGACCGCCACCCGAGGUUGUCCAUCCCGCAGAACAGGAUCGAUGUUCCAGCACCAUCCAAUGCUAGAUCAAACCAACCGCGAGCCGAGACGAUGCCGCCGACCAUGGAGAGCGGGCCCUCCUUGAUAACACCUUCUCACCUAAAAGAAUUGAUCGAGGCUGAUGGCUCCAAGAGCGAGUUGCUGCUUCUUGAUUUGAGAGUCUCGCAACAAUAUGCCCAAGCCCGAAUUCAAGGCGCGCUCAACCUUUGUAUUCCGACGACGCUGCUGAAGCGAGCCACCUUCAAUUUGACGAAGCUGCAGAAAACGUUCCAAAACCCGACGAUGGAAGAGCAGUUCUCGAAGUGGAAAUCGACAAAGCAGCUCGUUGUCUACGACGCGUACUCGGCAGAGAAGCGUGACGCUGUUUCGUGCAUGAACAUGGUGAAGAAGUUCACGAAUGAGGGGUACACCGGCGAUAUGUACAUCCUGCGGGGUGGCUUCAAUGCCUUUGCUGAUGCGUAUCCCGAGUUCGUGGAUGAGGGCUACGGUACCAUGGCGAGCGGUAGCUCUCCAGCGGCAGCCAAUGAUUCCAACCGACCUGGGAUCGCACCCGUCAUUGGAGGUGUGAUGCUGCCAAUGACACAAAACAACGCCAAUCCGUUCUUCUCCAACAUUCGUCAGAAUAUGGAUCUUGCCGAUGGUGUGGGUCAGAUGGAUAUUGCCCGGCCCUCGGGUUUGGAGUCGCCAACGUUGCCCCGAUGGCUUAGGGACGCUUCCAAGCCGACUGACCACGGCAGGCAGGUGUCAGAGAAGUUCUUGAGUAUCGAAAGGGCAGAGCAGUCACGGAUGAAGGCUGCAUACUCGAUGUUUGGCGGAGGCGAGAAGGAGAAGAAUGUUCCGCAGCUUUGUGGCAUUGAGAAGGGUGGUAAGAACCGCUAUAAGGAUAUUCUUCCCUUCGAGCACGCCCGAGUCAAACUGCAAGGCCGGCCGGAUGGCGCAUGCGACUAUGUCAAUGCUAGUCAUAUCAAAGCGUCGAGGAGCAACAAGAGAUACAUUGCUACCCAGGGCCCGCUCCCGGCAACUUUCGAGGAUUUCUGGUCCGUUAUUUGGGAACAGGACGUUCGAGUUGUUGUCAUGUUGACCGCCGAGUCGGAAGGUGGUCAGCUCAAGUGCCAUCCGUACUGGCAAGGCAGAGAAUUCGGCUCGAUCAAGUUGAAGCCGCUAUCGGAGAAGAAAGUCUCGCUGGAUUUCGACAAGCACCGCACCAACCAGGGAUCUAGCGCCCCGUCUGCGGCUGCCGCCGCCGAAGCUGGUCGCCGCCGGGCUAACACGACCACUACUCUGGAGGCUUCGAAUGCCACUGCCUCGCCUAUGCCGGCGCAGGGCGAGACGCCAUAUGUCAUUAUCCGGAAGUUCGCUCUGUCUCACGCCUCGCAGCCCUUCGCUCCCAUGCGUGAGAUUACUCAUCUGCAUUACCCCUCCUGGCCGGAUUUCGGCGCUCCUGCCCAGCCAUCUCAUCUGCUGGCUCUCGUGGAGAUGGCCAAUGUCAUGCAACGGUCUGCGAGGCCUGUCGACACUUCAUCAGUAACUGCUUCUCGAGUGUCGCCUGAGCCUGGCUCUAUCGCCUGGUAUGAUGAGCCAGAGAUGGAGCAGAGGGCAAGACCGAUGCUCGUCCACUGCUCCGCAGGAUGUGGUCGAACUGGUACUUUUUGCACGGUGGACACUGUCAUUGACAUGUUGAAGCGUCAACGACUUGCGAAGACGAACAACAAGCCGGUUAGGAAGCGGGACUCGGAUGGCGAUAUCAAGAUGAGCGGCUCCGAAGAAUCGUCUCCUCGCGAAAAGACGUUUGACUUCAACCCCGGCAGUCGCCGCCAAAGCGCUGACGGGCGUCGAGGCUCACCCGACAAAACUCCACUCGACACGACAUGGUUGACGGACGACAGCGACACCAUGGACCUCAUACAAAAGACGGUGGAGGACUUCCGAAACCAAAGACUCAGCAUGGUGCAAAGCCUGCGUCAAUAUGUCUUGUGCUACGAGACGAUUCUAGAAUAUGUAUGGCGGGUACACGAGAAGAACUCGACUUCAAGCAAAGGCGGAAGAGCUCGAAGUGGAAGUUUACAGAUCAGAGGAGACAACUAA